AUGGCUUCUCGUCACCCCAAAGACGCGCCUCUCAUCAUUGUAGGAGCUGGAGUGUUUGGCCUCGGUCUUGCUUAUGAGUUGGCCGCUGUCAGAGGAUACAUCAACGUGACGGUCCUCGACCGCUUUGCUCCUCCUGUCCCGGAUGGCAGCAGUGUUGAUGUUUCCCGCGUCAUCCGCGCCGAAUACGCGGAUCCCGUGUAUGCCCAGCUCUCGGCAGAUGCCCUAAAAGAAUGGCGUGGGGAGGGAACCCCGUGGUCGAAGCACUACAACGAAACUGGCUUCAUCAUGUUAGGCACCGAAAGCAAUGGGUACGUGCGAAAGUGCCGAGCUAUGCGUGAGCAGCUUGAGCUCGGCAUCCAGGAGGGAAAGGAGAUCUUUGAGCCCCACGAGACAGACUCCAAGUUGAAAGAGCUAUAUCCGGACCUGCAAGCGGACUUGCGAGGUCUCCUGUCUCUUCGAAACACCAUGGGCGGCUGGGCAGAUGCUGCUAGUGCAAUCCAGGGGCUUGCGGAGCGGGCUAGUCAGGCCGGCGUUUCGUUCAUCACGGGACGAAGGGGCACUGUGACAUCGCUUGAGUACUCUGGGAAACGCGUCACUGGAGUCAAUACGGCCAGCGGAAAUACUUUCAAAGCAGACACGGUCAUCCUGGCAACGGGUUCGUGGACCAACCGCCUGGUUCCGGACAUGGGACACAAUCUCGCCGCCGUGGGCCAGCCCAUCGGCUUCGUGCAGUUGACGCCGGAGGAGGCCAAACACCUUGAACGUAUGCCCGUCAUGCAGAUAUUUGACACGGGAAUGUUCACGUUCCCCCCAACUCCUGAUACCCACCGGCUCAAAAUUGCUCGACAUGGGUACGGUUACGCAACAGAGUUCGAGGCCGCCGGAGGACGAGCAGUGUCUUCGCCUAAGCUGAUCGGAAAUAACGCUAUUACUGGAUUUCUACCUGGAGAUGCCGAGCAAGCCUUACGGGAUGGUUUGAGAGUGUUCUUUCCGGAAUUCGGUGACCGUCCUUGGUGCUCGCUUAGAAUGUGCUGGUACCAAGACACUCCCGAUGGCGAUUUCAUGGUAGAUCACCAUCCGGAGCUUGAUGGAUUGUUUUUUGCCACGGGUGGAUCAGGCCAUGCCUUCAAAUUCCUACCAGUCCUGGGACGAAAUGUGGCGGACUGUUUUGAGGGCAAUGCCUCGAAAGAGCUUCGCGAGAAAUGGAAGAUUCACCAUCCUUCUACUCGCAACCCAGAUGUAGCAAUGGGCCAGGAUGGAAGUCGGGGAGGUCCUCCGCUUCGUCGAUUGUCUGUUCAAGAACAAUCCAAGCUUUGA